AUGGUUCAAGAUUUUUAUGCUGUACCAGCAUUGAAUACGAGUAUAGAGAGACUUUUCUCAUCGUCGAAGAAUACAGUUACAGAUAAACGUAGUAGUCUAGGUGCUGAAAAAAUAAAUAAGUUACUGUUUUUACAGAAAAAUUUAACUUUACUAAAGUCAUUUGAUAAAAAAAAAUCUAUUGAAGGUAAUACAGAUGAAGUGAAAAGAAAGAUGAUUGAACAGCCAUCUUCUACAAUCUCUAAUGUAAAUGAAGGACAAUCUAUUACUACAAUAACAAAGAAAUUUAAAACGAAUGAAGAUGAUAUUACUCUUAGUGAUGAUGAUUAUGAAGAAAAUGAUGAAGUAGAUUUAUUUUAA